AUGGCUUCUGCCCAAUUCUUCAACUAUCCUGGCACCGAGUCCAACGCGGAGCAAUAUCACUAUUCCCAAGCCGUAAAGCUUGGAAACAUUGUUCGUACAUCUGGCCAGGGCGGCUGGGACGAGAAGGGCAACAUCACCACCGACCUUGAAAAGCAGAUAACUAUUGCUUUUGACAACGUUCUCAAAGCCCUUCAAGCUGCCGACAGCCGCCUCUCCUUCAAUGACAUCCACGCAGUUCGUUCCUAUCACCUGGACAUGGACUCGAGUUUCGAUGUCAUGACUGCGACUUUUAAGAAACUGUUCCCAAAUCACCGACCUAUCUGGACAUGUAUCCAGAUUGGAAAGCUCGGGCUCGAAGGCAUGCAGGUUGAAAUCGAGGUCGAGGCGUUGAUUCCCGCCUAG